AGACCAAGGUAUUCAAUGUUGGCUCCAACGUCCUUCAAGGCUCAGCAAGGCUUUCUUUGUUCUGAAAUAGCAUUCAUCAUGUUGGUAAGAUUGUUUGCCAGCUCAUUACCAACAGUAGUUACUGGGCUAGUUUUCUCGUCUGGUUAUCUCUUUACUCCCAUUCAACAGCAAAUUAGAUUCUGUUUACACAGCAUAUCAUAUGAUUCGAUAAUUGCAGCAUCUAUUGACCUGUUACGCAUUGCCUUGCGUUGUCGUGCCUUGCCGUGCCUUGGCUUUGCUGCAUCUAUGUAAUUGAGGCCCCCGUGCUGUAAAUGCGGCCCCACUUGUCCAUGACAUUGGAUCGGCCUAGGUAGGUACCUAGCGACCGGUCGCCAAAACAACCUAAACUCCAAACACCGCCCGAUCUCUCCUCCAUCUCCGUCUCCGCCUCCGCCUCCGGCCCUCCACCGGCUUCAAGCACCGCCCAUCAUGUCUCGCCGAGCUCCCAAGGGCGAGUACAUCGAGACUGACACUGGUAACAAGGUCGCUCGCAAGGCUGUCCUCGUCGGUACUCAAAACAUCAUGCUCGGCGGCAAGACCGUCAUUCAACCUGAAGUCAUGAUCCGCGGUGAUCUCGCUCGAACAGCCACAUCGUCAUCCUCUGGCGCCUCGCCAGCGAACAACACAGCCGUCGCCAUCGGCCGAUACUGCUUCCUAGCUCGAGGUGUCCUGCUGCGUCCACCGGGCCGCAUAUACAAGGGCGCAUUCACAUACAUGCCCCUACGCAUAGGAGACCACGUCUUUGUUGGCCAAGGGACAGUAGUGCAAGCUGCAGCUGUGGGGAAUCACGUACAUAUCGGAAAGGGAUGUACGAUUGGAGAGUUUGCUAUCUUAAAGGACUACGUCAAGGUAUUGGAUGGGACGGUUGUGCCGCCGAGUAUGGUCAUUCCAAGCUUUUCGAUCGUUGCGGGACAGCCGGCUCAGGUUAUCGGUGAGAUCCCUGAGGGAGGUUAUGAUGACUUUGAGUUGAGGGAUAUGUACAAGACUGUGGGAAAUAAUCCCCAUCCUCCAGCGUCAUGAGAGUGUCGUGACAGGCCGGGGGUCGGUGUGCAAAUCAGCAGAGAGGAGCAUACAUCUUAUACGUUGGGAGGCAACGAGGUUGAUAAAAACCAGGACCUGAAUGAAGGGCCACAUCUCAUGGCGGGAUAGUACGCAGCACAUACCUACGACUUUACAGUACUCGAUAGGACGACGGGGAUGGACUCUGGCAGGAUUCAUUUCUGAGGUUUAGCUGGCACAAAGGAACCUCUCCAUUCUACUGACCAUGAUGGACAAAACCAAGCUCCAAGAACCUGCAUGGCCCUUCAAAGCAUAUAAACAAACAGGGCGAUAUUCACGGGAGGAUCAAGUUAGUUAUUUAGAUAAAUGUUAAUGAUACCCUUUUAUGCGUACGUA